CCACUUUUUCACCUCAAUCAUCAUCUGUAAAUGAAAAUGGAUACAAUGAAACUCAACACCACCAACCACCUCCUCCCCCACCACCACCACCACCGUGAAAAGAUUGUUGUCGUAAUGGGUGCUACAGGUACUGGUAAAUCUCGUUUAUCUAUUGAUUUAGCAACAAAUUUCUCACCUUCAGAGAUAAUCAACUCAGACAAAAUGCAAAUAUAUAAGGGUUUAAGUAUUACUACUAACAAGAUCCCAGUUCAUGAACGUUCCGGCAUUCCACACCAUUUACUCGAUGAGUUCGACUCGUCUGAACACGAGCUAACUCCGUUUGAUUAUCGUUCUUUGGCUGAUGAAACAGUUUCAGAGAUCUUUUCAAGAAAUUGUUUGCCGGUUUUAGUUGGUGGUUCUAACUCAUUAAUCUACGGAUUCUUAACUAAAGAGCUUUCUAGUUCCGACUCGUUAUCGUUAUCGUCUUCUUCUUUAGAUUUCUUCUGUUCUUCAGCUGAAGAAGACGGAGUUUCCGGUGAGUUACGUUAUGACUGUUGUUUCUUAUGGAUUGAUGUUGCAUUGCCGGUGUUGAAAGAAUAUCUAUCUCUACGAGUUGAUCAAAUGAUUGAUUCCGGUAUGUUUGAAGAACUAUCGAAAUUCUAUGAAUGCCAAGAAGAAGAAGACGAUGAAGAAAGAACUCCGGUGUGUCGGACUGGGAUCAGGAAAUCAAUUGGUGUACCUGAAUUUAAACGGUUUUUCAAGUUGUUUCCACCGGGAGAUGGUGGUGGUGGUGGUGUAGAGAGGAGGAGGGAGAUGAAGAUGGUGUUUGAAGAAGCUGUUGAGGCUGUGAAAUGCAAUACAUAUGAAUUGGCUAUAAGACAGAUUAAGAAAAUUGAACGGUUGAGAUUGAUUGGAUGGAAUAUACAAAAGUUGGAUGCCACUGAAGUUUUUCGGGCUGUGUUGGAGUCGGAUUCCGGUAAGUCGUCGGAUAUUUGGGAUAAGGAGAUUGUUGAGAAGAGUGUGAAGAUUGUGAAGAAAUUCUUAGAUGAAUAG